AUGUCGACCCCCGGCGGUCCACCCAGCGAUGCCGAGAUGCGCGAGGCUGAACAGCGAACGCCCCUCGCACCAGCAUCGCUGUCCAACAGGAAUCCAGCAGGAGCUUCGUCGCCACUCGCAUUCCCUUCCAGCAGCCCUCUCAAAAGCCAGGCAUCAAGCGUAAGAGCUCCGCAAAGCUCACUAGCCGCUUCCUCGCCACUGCACUUUCCCACUUCAUCCCCGUCGGCCAGAACGUCACGGGGCCAGAGGACACCCCUGGCUUCGGCACGCCGCAACCAAAAUGCAGAGAACCGACUGCCUUCGAGCAGUAGUGGUAUCUCUCGACUCGACGAGCCCCUCUUCUUCCCCAGCUCUGGCGGCAGCACUCCGCGUCACCAGCGUCGUGGCGAGAUCCACUCGUCUGUCGCCCUCUCCUCGCCGUCUUUGCUCAGGAGGAACCGUUUCGACAAUGCUGCGACGGACACCGCCGGCCAGGCUCCAGGGGCACCUGCUCGUGCUUCCUCUGUAUUCGGUGGCAGUCAGCCUACUGCCGAUGGCCACAGCGAUGCCUUGAGCUUCUCGCAACAUGGCGUCACCAGCGAUGCCGCUGCUCCAGGACAAGACGGCGUCUCCAAGGUCAUCUGGGGCACUAAUGUGUCCAUCGGAGAGACCAUGGAGAUGUUCCGGUCCUUCCUUCGCGGCUUCCGCCUCAAGUACAGGUGGGCACACGCAAAGAAGCUCGGACAACCCCUUCCCCCCGCUGCCACUGGUAACCCGGCUGAGGGCGAACGUCUGGUCUACGAGGGUUAUCUCCGUCGCAUGAGGAUCACCGACCAGACUAAUCUCAACCUCCGCAUCUCGGAUCUCGAAGCCUACCCUCCCUCGAAGCGACUCAAGAUGCAACUCAUCCGUUACCCGCAGGAAAUGGUUCCCAUCAUGGACCAGGUCCUCAAGGACGAGAUGCUCGAGAUGGCUUACGAGGAUCAAAAGGAAGGCCGCGAUGGCAUGGGUGGCGAUAUGGGCCUCGCCGAGAUCGAGCUCAUGGAGACCAAGCUGUAUAAGGUGCGCCCCUACGGUGCCGAGGCCAUCAACAUGCGCGAUCUCAACCCAGCCGACAUCGACAAGCUCGUGACCGUGCGCGGUCUCGUAAUUCGAGCUACCCCCAUUAUCCCUGAGAUGAAGCAAGCCUUCUUCCGCUGCCUCGUCUGCAACCACACUGUUCCCGUCGAGAUCGACCGAGGCCGCAUCGCCGAACCGGACCGCUGUCCUCGACAAGUAUGCAACCUGCAGGGCUCCAUGUCACUGAUCCACAACCGCUGUGAGUUCUCGGACCGCCAGGUGGUCCGCAUCCAGGAAACGCCCGACGUCGUUCCUGAUGGUCAGACCCCUCACACGGUCAGCAUGUGUGCCUACGACGAACUGGUGGACGUCAGCAAGCCCGGUGACCGCGUCGAGAUCACCGGUAUUUUCCGAAGCACACCCGUCCGCGUCAACCCACGACAGCGCAGCCUGAAGAGUCUUUACAAGACAUUUGUCGACAUUCUGCACAUCAAGCGCACCAACGGCAAGAGGCUCGGCGUCGAUCUGUCGACGCGAGACGCUUCCGAGCAGGCGGCUGGUCCGGGCGCUCAGGCCGUCGGCGUGGGUGGCGAAGAGGAGGACGAGGAUGUCGAGGUGCAGAGCGGCUCUGGGGCUGACGCCGACGAUGCAGACAUGCCUCGCAGCCAAGACCUCGAGGACAAGCUACGCUCCAUCGCUGAUCGUCCUGAUGUCUACGACGUGCUUUCGCGGAGCUUGGCGCCAAGCAUCUACGAGAUGGACGACGUCAAGAAGGGUAUCUUGCUGCAACUCUUUGGAGGCACCAACAAGACAAUCAGCACAGGCGGCGGCGGCGGCGGCCCUCGCUACCGAGGAGACAUCAACGUGCUCAUGGUCGGUGACCCGGGUAUCGCCAAGAGUCAGAUUUUGCAGUACGUGCACAAGAUUGCGCCACGAGGUGUUUACGCUUCCGGUAAAGGCUCUUCGGCCGUCGGUCUCACUGCGUAUGUGACCCGCGACCCUGACACCAAGCAGCUCGUUCUAGAGUCCGGUGCACUCGUGCUGUCUGACGGCGGUGUCUGCUGUAUCGACGAGUUCGACAAGAUGUCGGAAGCCACUCGAAGUGUGCUGCACGAAGUCAUGGAGCAACAGACGCUGAGUAUCGCCAAAGCCGGCAUCAUCACCACACUCAAUGCACGUGCCUCGAUCCUCGCAGCCGCCAACCCUACGGGCUCUCGCUACAACGUCAACCUGCCCAUCACCAAGAACAUCGACUUGCCGCCAACGCUGAUCAGUCGAUUCGACCUGGUCUACCUCGUGCUGGACAAGAUCGACGAGGCUAACGACCGUCGCCUCGCGCGCCACCUGGUCAGCCUGUACCUCGAGGACAAGCCUGACACGGGAGGCAAGGACGUGUUGCCUAUCGAGACGCUCACGGCAUACAUCUCAUAUGCUCGUAAUCGCAUCCAGCCCAUCCUCACCAAGGAAGCGGGCGACGCGCUAGCGGCACGCUACGUCGAGUUGCGUAAAGUGGGCGAAGAUCCCCGCAGUGCCGAGCGCCGAAUCACGGCAACGACGCGACAGCUCGAGUCGAUGAUCCGUUUGUCUGAGGCGCACGCUCGCAUGCGAUUUGCCGACGAGGUCAUCGUCGACGACGUCGAGGAAGCCGCGCGUCUCAUCCGCGAGGCAGCCAAGUCUUCGGCCACCGACCCACGUACGGGGCUCAUCGACCUGGACCUCAUCAACACCGGUCGAUCGUAUCACCAGCGUAAACUCGCCGGCGACCUGCGACGCGAGUUCCUGCAGCUGCUCGACGAGAUGGGCAGCACCUCUGGCAGGGCUACUUCUCCGUCGGGCCCCUCAUCGACGGCUCCUACCAAGGCGGUCCGUUACGCGGAUCUGUUCAAGGCGCUCAACGAUCAAUCCACGGUGCCUGUGGACCAGACGGAUCUGUACGAGCUCGUCCGCACGCUCGAGAGCGAGGGCGUCAUUAAGACCGCAGGCGAGCGCGAACGCAGGACGGUGCGUCGCAUCAGCUCGUGA